AGUUGUCAAUAAAUUAAUAUACACACAUGACAUUUUGAGCCACUUUUACUAAUUUUUAUAAAGUGUUAAAUGUUUUCUACUUGUACCGAGAGCCGCAGCUCAGAAUCAUAUUACCAACAACCUAGAAUCCAUGAAAUCUUACAUAUUAAAUGCCCCAUCAUAGGUCUGGUUAGGUUCCAAAUGAAUAAUAUGGAGUACAGACUGUCGGAGAGCGUAGACAUGGUUCAGAGACGUAAGAAAUGGACCUACAGGCUUUGGAGGAACAGGUGGACUAUAAUAAGUUUCAUUUUUAUGAUGCUCUUAAUGACGAGUCUCUUUCUUUACGGUACCUUGGUCGGAGCAGGCUUGUGUUCUGCCGGUUCCUGGAGCCCUUCUUAUAAUUCACCGUGUCCGAAAACUUUUACUUUCUUCCCCUUACUGAAUACCGCUACAUCACCGAGGCCACCAUUUUAAAGCUAACAUACAUAAAUGUAAUUUUUUAUCGUGUACUA